AUGGCGUCUCAGUCUGAUUUAGUUUCCAGCUCUCAACUUCCACAAUCAGAACUUGCACCCGAGAUACUCGAGGCUCUCAACUUUGAGCGCUCUAUGUGGGUCACCGGAUCUGUGCAUACCGAUCCCUUCUACACGCUCGUGCUGAAAUCUCCUUCGGACUCUUCACUCCCAGGAACUCUCCUAAAAGUCCAAGAAACUGUCGAUCCUACCUUGUACUCUCUUCCUUCUUCCGUCUCAAUCUCGCGUAUCAUCUCACAAUCUCUCACUCUUACCGGAGACCCCGUUCCUGUCUCCGUGUACAUACUUUGGGCUCUUCUCCCACGAAGGAAUUCAGAUGGUAGCUCCCAGAUCGUCGCCUGGGCCCAUGGUACCUCCGGUAUAUCCUCCGAAUGCGCUCCUUCUCACCUCCGAAAUUUAUACCAGCACUUCUUCGCGUUCUAUCUUCUAGUCCUAUCCGGCUAUGUUGUGGUUGCCACUGACUUUGCCGGUCUAGAACCAACCGAUCAUUCACCACCUGGGCACUAUCUCGCUAACCCUGCUGCUGCAAACGAUGUGAUAUAUUCGAUUUUGGCGGCUCAUUCCGCAUUUCCAUCCCUAGGAUCAAAGUUUGUAUCAAUUAGUCAUUCUCAAGGCGGAGGUGCAGUUUGGGCCAUUGCACAACAUCAUGCUAAGGAAAACAUCGAAGGGUACCUUGGAGGUGUUGCAAUUAGUCCUACAACAGACAUUAGAAGUAAUUUUGAUCCAAUUGGAGCCGUCGUCUGGGCGGUAAUGAUGCUAGGUCUGAAGAAUGUGUUUCCCCAAUUUCAGUACUCGGAUGUUUUUACCGAGGAGGGGUUCGCUGCGUUGAAUGCUUAUAAGGAUAUUGAGAGGGGUGGAGCGGUGGGCCGAUUUAUCCAUGAGGAGAAAGACCAGCUCAUCGAUUUUACCCUUACGGAAAAGGCUGUUUAUUAUAUAGCUAUGAAGUAUCAUGAUUCUGAGUUGGAAUUCAUAAGACUAUCUACUACGCACGACUCGGCUAUGACGGGAAGUCAGUGGAUAUGGAUGGAUUGGAUUAGAGCGAGAUUUGAGGGCAAAGUGACAGAUAAGUGUGGGGAGAUGCCCUCAGAAAAAUGGGAAAUCAGCUGGGAGAGAAGUGUUGUUUUAGAGAGACUGAAGGAGAGUUAUGGAAUUGAGACUAACUGGCUCAUGGCACGCGCGACUGAGUUUUAUCCUAAAUUUUGA